GCCAUCGCUUGCUCCACGUCAACCAGCCGAAACGUUCGAUAACCAUAGUUUUAGUCCUUAAGCAAGAACAUCCUCGUUCGAACCUCUCUGAGUGCUGUUCGAUCCAUCAUGGACACGAUUCACGCUCAUUCGGCUCCAUUGAAGACCGGCGAGCAGCACAGGCCGCAGGCAGGAGGACAACCAUCGCACCCACCGGGCUCAUUCUGUUCAGGCAAGUAUUUCCAACAGGUCAAGGCGGCGAUUUUGAAGCUUUUCUGUAUCACAGUCUCGGUAUCUGCACUGCAAAUCGUCAGGAUUGCACGUCGGUGGGCUUGCGAAUUCCCAGCGAGGUGAAGCCUAUCAAAUUUGCAGACCUCGAUUGGAAGCUCUUACAUUUUUAGGCCCUCGGCAAUUGAAUCCUACACUCGGGUCAGACAUGACGAACUGUUAGAUGCGAAUAAUCAGAAAUAAUCAAGUGAAGUUAACCAGCAGCAAAGGGUUGUGUAGUGCAACUUCAUUGUGAACCUGACAAGCAAUACACGGCCAUAUACGCUGUGACUCUGUGGCACAUUUGCACUCCCUAUAACUCGAGAGAGGUCGACUAGUACUUGUGGGCUUAGGUGAUUUAAUUCAGAAUCUGCCACUGAAAAUAAUGGAUAAUGCUAAGUUCUGAAUAGAGGUCAUUGAGGACCACUUGAAUAACCACAACUGGAGAGAGUUAAACUUACGACAGAAAUAGAUAACAUAAUUACAGAUCUGACAGUUCAUAAGUCUACUGUGGAUUAGUUUUGAUGUAAUUUCUUAACUGCAUUUAUGCAAAUUUCCAUUCCAUUCCGUUUGC